AUGGAAGAUUCGACGUCUCUCACUGUGAACAAAGUGUUGGAUUCCCUUUGUAAGGAAGAGAGUUCUACUUUGCUGUAUCUGUGUGCUGACAUGCUUUCUCAAGAUCAUGUGAAGGACUUAAGAGGAGCACUGGUCUCAUUCAUUAGACAAAGGCAGACUCAGAUGGGCCGUGCCCAGGCAAGUGACGGUAUACUGAAAGAACUCAUGUUUAGAAUGAAGCGCUUUGAUAUUCUGAAGAAGCUCCUAGGAACAAACAGACAUGAAGUAGAAGACAUGUUGAAGAAUGGAGGUGUUCUCUCAGAGUACAGGGUGUUGAUGGCAGAUUUAAGUGAGAACCUGGAGAUGGAGGAUCUCCGCUCACUCAUCUUUCUCCUGGGUGACACCGUACCCAGACGCAGGCUGGAAAAAGCCACUAGUUUCCUGGAUGUGGUGACAGAGCUGGAGAAAAUUGAUGAGCUGUCCUGUGAGAAACUAAACCUGAUUGAGAAGUGUUUAAGGGACAUUUCCAGACUUGACCUCGCAAAAAAAGUCCAAGCUUACCAGAGAGCUUACCAGAGGAGAGCUCAGUCAACACCAGUGUGCUGCUCAAGGCAAAACUGCAUCACACAACAGCAGCUGCCGUGCUCUCAAGAGACUUUACAGACUCCAGUGCAAGAAACAGGAAUGUUCCACAGUCAGGCCUCUAUGGAGGAGUAUGACAUUGAUUCCUCAUGUAGAGGUUUGUGUGUCGUUAUUGACUGUGUGGGCUCCGAUGGAGAAAUGUUGAAGAACACGUUUGAAUGCCUCCGUUUUAAUGUGGAAAUCUACAAGAUGUUGCAUGUGGAAGAGACUGUGGAACUCCUGACAAGUUUGGCCCAGAGAGAGAAUCUACAAGGUUCUAGUGUCUUCGUUUGUUGUUUCCUCAGCCGUGGUUCCAACACUCACCUGACUGCCACCAACUCUCGAGGGUCAGGUCUUGGGCUGGAUGAUCUCCGGCAACUCUUCAGCCCUAUCGGGUGUCCUGCACUGCUGGGGAGACCCAAACUCUUCUUCAUUCAGUGCUACAGUGAUGUGGACCCACAACCUCAACCAUUAAAUGAAGAUGAGUACCUGGAGACAGAUGGGGUGCCAUUUCACGCCGGCAAUUCAGGCCCUGUUGCCACGGAGACACGCUCGGGUCCUGCAGAGACGAUCCCAGAAGCUGCAGAUGUGUUGUGGAGCAUGUGUAGGGCAGAUGCUCAACUCUUAGAGAGGGGGGACCAUCAUUCAGUGUACCUGCAGGCUCUGAGCUCUGCCCUAGUGAGGGCACGUGAGAGGAGUACACAGGUACUGCACGUUCUUACCGAGGUCAACAGAGAUAUAUAUGAGCACAACCAGAGGAAUCCUGGUGAGGCAUACCAUGUCUCAUUGCAUCAGACACUAAGAAAGAGUCUGUACUUGUAA